GGGUCUAUCCUACAGUAUGAUACACCGUACUGGUAGUUAGCUAGCUACGAUGGCAAAGUCCAAAAUGAGUUCAACCACCUCCUGAGGGACACCACAGAGCACUUGUAAAGGCUCUAGUGCAUCCCCAAGAACUUCUUUCAUUUUUCUUUCUAACAAAGAUUGCGCCGCAGUUAGCAUUUCCUUCACGGAAUCAUCAGCAACGCCAGGGUACGAUAGGCUAUUGCCAGCUGCCAUUUCCCGGAGAUACUCUAGUAGAGGGGUCCAGCCAGAGUUCUUCUUACUCUUUCUAUGCCGCUUCUUAUUAGGUUGAUUUCGCUUGCACUUUACAAAUAGAGCAUUCGGAUAGAUAUCCAUGACUCGCUGCAAUGCAUCCUUCCAUUGCAUGGACGGGCUCUCUGUUGCAAUGUUUCUGCAAAUGGCAUGCAAUAGUAGCUCUCCUGUUGGUCUUCCUUUUGGGCCCAAAUCAUUCUUGGCAAACGGGAAAUAGCGAGCCAACACACAGAUAAUGUCGGUAUUGAGACUCUCCUCACACGGUUUUAGCAAACGGCGAUAGGUUUUGUUGCUCCUAUUGGCAAGCUGACAACGGAGAAGACGAUACGGCUUUACACAGGAGCGUGGUGUCUUUUGGAUCAGCCAUUCUACCGUCUUGGCACUGUAACCGCUCUUGCAGGCAACAUAAAUUGGUAAGCCCCCUUCCCCAUUUUCAAUUUUCAAGCUCUUUUUAUAUAGGUUGGUCAUGAGCUGGAUUGUUUCGCAAGAGGCAUGUCUCUUCAAAGCCACAUGGAUUGGUAGAUUGCCCUCCUUUGGCUCUUUCUCAGUCAAAGUUGUUGGGUCAGCAUUUACCAGGAACUCAAUGACGGGAUCAUUGCGCCACACGAUUCGAGUGAACAUGUGGAUUGGGAAACCACCCUCUUUGCUCCGUACUCGUAUGACAUCUGGAUAUUCCUCGUAUAGGAACUUGAUAGUCUCUAGCUAGUUUGCCUCUGAUCACCGCGGCGUGAAACGGCAAAUAGUCAUCCUCUGAAGGAAUACGGAUGCUUUGGGGAUUCAGCCUCAGUAGUUUCUGAAUGCGCUGGAGGCUACAAUUCUCUGCACAGGCAACGUGGAUGGGAAGAUAUUCAUCCUUGUUUCUGUAGUGGAUACUCUCUGGCCAUCAAUUCAAGAAGAAAUCUACUAUUUCGUCUCUGUGAAAGCGUAGUGCCAGGUGAAGAGGUAAACCACCUCGUCCAUUCUCCAUGCAAACACUCUCUGGCCAUUGAUCCGCCAGAUAAGCAACGACGUCAAGGGGGACCACUCGUUCGAAUUGAUCAGAGGGAUCUUCUCCCUCGAGGAGUGUCAUGAGCGGAGAACCAUACAUUUCAAACAAAUAUUCAUCAAAGCUUUUCCAAACCUCAGGAUCACUUUUACCAAUGGCCUGAACCUCAUCCAGUGAUGGUGGCUCCCACCGCUCCAGUAUCUCCCACGCUGAAAGCAUGGUUCCUAGUUAUCAGUGCCAGUGUUCUUUGGUAAAAGUAGCUACUAGUAGCUAUAGCAAUGAUUUAUUUUGGGAACCAACAAUCCAACAGAGCGAAAGCCAAACGACGAAAAAUGAUCGAAUUGUGAGCUUGGGUUUGGUUGACCCCAGCCAGUGCAAAAUGUGACGGUUAACCAAGCAGAGGGCAGCGCCGGUGCCGCCAACAUCUCCAACGUUCCGCGUGACGAGGAAACCAAAAAUGCCAACACAAAAUCGUCCAGUCUUGUGCAGCCCUCUUCAAACCAAAAGAGAGACUACUGUCACUUCGAGAAAGCCCGAGGAGGGUAGGAGAAAGUUGUGUUAUCUCGGGGUCUCUGUAGUCUAGUCUAGCUACGAGUAGCUACUCUACUACUGUUUUCUGGAAGAGGGAGCAAGAAAAGACAGCAUGAGCAACGCUACUACUACAGGGAUUGGGCUCCAACCAGGAGUUGCCAUCAGCAAUGAAGAGCACCAACAAGUUGUCACAGAAGGACAGUUAAAAUGGGCCCAAUUCCAUUACAAGCGUCGAGCCAAACAAGUGCGCCAACAAGUGGAAGAGCUGUUGCAGACCCCAGCUUCUGUGGAGGAUGUAGAAGGAGCCUUGUCAGACGAUGGGAAUACCACGGAAGAAAGUGUCUGGAGCGAAGAAGAAGAAGCACAAAAACAACAAACCGCAAACAGAAAACCAUCGAAACGACAAAAAAAGGUGUCGAAACAAUCGAUUUCACGCGGACGGCGAGCUUUGCUCCGAGUCUCGAAACGAGCCUUUGCCAAACGACAAGAAGAAAUCCAAACGUAUGGGUACCAGAAUUGUUGCGAGGAUGAUAUAGACGAUGAUGAGGACUUAUUGGACGAGGAUCGUGACGAUCUAGCCGCAAAGUUUGCAGAUGAAACAGCCUGGAAGAAAGCCAAAAGGAACAGACGACAAUCACGCCGGCGUCGGAGGGCAAAAAAUUCCACACAGCAACGCUUGUUGCAAUUUGAGGAGGCUUUCCGAGCCAUGAUGAUGAGUUUGGCUGCUUUGCAACCACAACAAACAGAAAUCGCAACACCGACAAAAGUUUGGAGUCGACCAGAGGAUGCCCCUGCAUUUGUCAGCAUUGACGGACGUCAAUAUCAAGAUCUAAAAUGGGGCGUGUCUGCAGAGACUGGCAAACUCUUGACGACAACGACACAUUUCUCCUCGGUACCCGUGGAUACUCAGGCUUCCUGGCUGGUGCACAUUCCUGCGAGACAACAAGAACGUGGUACUGGACAUCAUCAAUUGUCAAUCAAUUCAAAUGGAGAAGUAUUGGUGCCUGAAAACGUGAAUGGUACAUUUUCAGAACGAAUGAUACCCGUGUCCAUGGGAUCCGACAAAUUCCAAGAAAUUAAGGAUACGCUUCAAAACCAAGCGUCACUGUCUCAGCAACAAAUGGAAGAGCAAAUGGAAAUCUACAACAAACAUCGCAACAAUCCAUUCAAAUGGCAAGUCACAAAUCCGUCGGGAUAUGAAGGCCAUGCCGAAGACGACGACGAUGAAUAUGACGACUCUUUGGAUCCAGAAAACCUCAAAACAAUUGCUGCCCAGUACCUUACUGAGUUCAUGGCCAGUGCCGAUGAAGAACAUUUGAUUGCUGCUCUGGGUGAAAAAUACAAAGACGAUGUUGAAACUUUGGUUGCUUCGUCUGAUGGGGGUGGGAACGGAUCAACUUCCGACGAUGAUUCCAAAGAUAUUGUUCGACGAUACAUUCAAGGACUCCAGGCAUCAUCCAACGAUGAAGAGCCUUCCAACGAUGACAACCGUGCCAACGCUACCAACAAACAGAGGGAUCAAAUGAUGUCUUCUUUUGCUGGGAUUGCUGCACGAUAUCUAGCGGAGGUCUCGCGUCCCCGCAAGAUCGAACCAACAGUGAACAUUUAUCGUCAUGAACAAGGUAUACUAGUCCAAGAGCUGGCGUCUCUGAUGGAACACCUGAUUGGAAUGAAAGCAGCAGAUGACGACACAGCGGAUGCCCUGGCAUCGUCCUCUGAGCCAAACGAGCGCAUUUUCCAGUCAAUCCUUGCAAAGUAUCUUGCUGCUACAGACUUUGCUGCAGCACCUGACUGUCCCGUGAAAGAAGCGGAUGUACUGCAAGAGUUGAAUGGCAAAGAAGGGCACGAAUUCUCGCGGUUAAUGACUCGAUAUCUGGCAAAGGUCCACUCUGCCAUGCUCAAGAAGCGAACUAACACAGGAAAGUCAAGGAGAAGCAGCAUUGCCAAUCGAUACAUGGAGAUGUUGGGAAAGAAAUCACCUCUAGGAAACGACUCCGCAGGCACGGACACACAGGAAAACAUUCCUACUACUAGCAACGACCAACAUGUGUUUGAAAGGAUUUGCUGCAAGUACUUUGAGGAGCUCAAUGACGUUGCAGACAACCAGGGAGAGAAUAACUUUGAGGAAGCUGACGUUUUGGAGGAAUUGAGACAAGAAAAACACAAGGCUAUCCCUGCCAUUGUAGCCAGCUAUCUGCGGGCGCUGAGUCAAUCAAUAGCAUCUGGCGAGGGGGGAAUCCCACACCAUACAAAUGACAUCAUGCCUAAACCCAUUGCCGACAGAAUUCAAGCUAUCGAAGAAGUUUUCUCUCAGACACUGCCAAUAUUUGAUCAGCUGGGUCCAAGUCAUGAAAACCAAAGAUCGAAACAGCGGCUGUUGGAGGCUUUUGCGUCGAGAUUUAUCGCGAACAUUGCGCAAUGCAACGAGGAUACCCUCUUUGUAGAGCUGGGCGAGAUGGAGCGUCAAGGCUUUUCAAGGCUGGCAACAUGUUAUCUUGACGAGAUUCUGGAGGCUUCGAUCGGUUGGAGAGCGGACCAACGUGAAAAGGCUAUCGUCACUAGGUACUUUGCAGACUUGGAGCUGUCGCAACGUUUCCAAACAAAAGCUACGCCCAUUCAAAGUAGACUCGUAGAAGACUUCCUGUGUCGAUACAUGGAGGAGGUGUAUUCAUUGUCAAAGGACCAAGCCCAGGCGGCUCUACGAAAGUCGGAAACGACGAACUUUUCCACUGCUGUAGCAAAAUACCUUGCAAAUGCUGGUGACAGCGUACGAGAACAAGCAGCUCGUUCCAAUACCAUUGUUGAACAGGGUCUGGUUGCCGACAUACUGGACGACCUUGAACAUACGGACGAAGGUGGUGGCAACCCAGUCGUCGCGAUGCCUCCACAAAAUCUUGUCACGGGCAUGCCGAGAUCCAGAAGGAGCGUAGGAAGGGCGGAAGGUGUAGCUGCUCGAUACAUAUCGGCAGUUGUCGACGACUGUGACGAUGAUGACAUAUUUGCCGAGCUGCGGAAGCAAGACAGCCCCAAACUCGAUACUGUGGGUGAGGAUGUGUUUUCGGAGCUGCGAGGAGACAGUCCAAGAUCUGGAAUGGAAACCCCAGGUAUCAAUCAACAACUGAGCGGGACACGAACGCCUCAGAGAGAUUCGGACAAUGCUUCUGCUUCCAAUCGAGACGGUGCCCACUGUGCAUCCCUAACCAACGCCUCUUCGCUCCAAUCGACUGCACUGCAUUACAUUUCCAAACUGAGGAUAGACUGCAGCAAGCAAGACAUAAGUGCGGCAAUGGGCAAUCUUGAAAAUCGUGAAGAAGAUCGUGCAAUCUUUGCCAAUGGGGUUACGUCCUUGCUCCUCGGCGUGUCAGAGAGUACUGUCCGAGGCGGGCGUUCCCGCGCUUCAGCAAGCCGUUACUUGGCUGCAAUGAGAGGCCUCGUGGAUGAGCACGAGGAACCAGACAAAGCACUCGGUAGUCUUGAUGUAGACGAAGCAGCCGAGAUGCUAUCCGAAUCGGUAAAUAUGGGAGAUCAAAAGACAAUUACGUGGGCUAUACAAAAGCUUGGCAAAACAGAAAGCAAGAAUUUUGCUAACCUGAUCUCGGCGUAUCUUUCCGGAGAUCUCAGCAGGAUCGACUUCGAUCUGAUUCAGAAAGACGUUGUCGAAAGUAGCACUAAGCCAGAAGCCAAAAAGCUGGAGUCUACCGAAGUGAAGUCGGACGUCGGAUCUGACUUUUUCGCGUACAUGAGGCGACACAAGAUUUUUCCGCAGGAAGUCCCCAAACGAGAGCAAGACCCACCUGCUCCUGCCAACAGUAGGGUUCUCGAGGGAGAGAGAAAUCGGCAGAAUCCAGGCUCUGACGAAGUUGUAGCUGCGGAAGGCAAUGUUUUGCAGAACACUGUGGAUAGAUUUUCCAACAGACGUGACUCGUAUCAGCAAGAGCUGGCUGAGGAAAAGAAGGCCGCGGACCAUCUCUCCAGGUCUUCGAGCUCGGAGAAGUCAGGCACGAUGCUCAGCGAUAGAGAGGAUGAAAAUACUCCCUUUGUUGUGGAAGAUGGGUCUAGUCAGUUUGAAACGCCCAACCGCUUCCAAUCGCCGGACAGAUCGCAAGCACCAGGCUCUGAGUUCUCUCCUGAGCGACUUCGAGAUUUUCACCAAAGUGUCAUUCAAAAGUCUGCUCUUAUCGGGGAUGGUGAAGCAGUGCAUCCGAUUAUUGAUACUGACGGGACAACGAGCGAAGCCAGUGAUUCUGGUGCUGCUCUGUCUCCAAAAGCCAUGGCCGGUUUGAUGCUCUCGCCGACUAUCCUCAACAAGAGGCUUACUCAGGCCAUUCUAGCCAUUAAAAGCAAAAGAUGGGAACAGGUUUCAUAUCUUUUGAAUGCCAACCCCUGGCUGGCUGAAAUGCCCGAAAUAGGAACAAACCAGUACCUCCUGCAUAAGAUUGCUUCUUUCGGAGGCGGGAACUCAGCAGAUCCUCCAGCCCCAGAGCAGCUUUGCGGUGACAUGGUGAAAAUGUACUCUGCGGUCCAGAAGUUUGACAACGCAGGGAAUCUUCCACUUCACAUGGCGAGUUCAUCCGGGAACGUUCGAAUGAUUGCUGUUCUUGGAGAGCGGUUUCCGAGCGGUGCUUCAGUGAGAAACGAGGACGGAAUGUUGCCCAUUCAUCUUGCUAUAGCAUCUCGUUCCAAAGCACGAAAUUCCAUGGUUUCACUAGUGGACGUCAUAAAGCCCCUCUUGGCAUUCUUUCCUGGCGCCCUGGCGAUUGCCGACAACGCUGGAAAUCUUCCUCUCCAUGUUGCAGCGCAGUGCUUGAAUGGCGAUGAGGGGGUCGACGUCAUCAAUCUGCUUCUAGACGAAGCCGAGAAACAAAUCCGCAGUCCUGGAGGGGUUCGGUUCCGCAACAAAGUCACAAUCGACGAAGAGGACAACGAAUCUGUGUCAACCGGAGCCACCACUUCAAAGCACAUGCUUGAAGAAGGCGACAAUGAGGAGGAUCUCCCGCCCAGCAUGGUUGUCAACGACGACGGUGAUAUUCCACUAUGGUUGGCGAUAUCGAGGUCUGCACCGGAGGUGGUCAAGGCGUUAGUGAUAGGGCCUGGGGGCAGGCAAUCAGCUUUCAGAAAAGACCUGAAAGGAAACACAUCGCUGCACCGUUUGCUCAACCAAAAUUCAGUCAGCAUGGUAACAUUGAAGGCGAUUUUGGAUGCUGUGCCCGAAGUUGCACUUGAGACAAAUAACGACAGGUUGCUUCCCAUCGAGAUGGCAGCCAUGAACAGCCUGCCUUCGCCAGUUGUUCUCGAGUUGCUGCUAGCCGACCUCCCGAUUUUGCUUCAUGACAAGGCUUGUCUGACUCCAAAAGGAGGGGGGAGAAGUUGGUGGUUCUUGACGUGCGACAACGACGAUCGCUAUCUGGACGUAGUCGAAAAGCUCGUAUCCAUGUGCACCUACCAACAAGUGAACGAACUCGCAUUUGUGACAGACAAUGCAUCCAACGAAACAUUGAUCUCGCGCACAUCACCUGAAUGCGGCGAGUUUCUUACGGUGUCUCUUCUCUUUGUCGGUCGUUUCGAGUUUUUGGCUUUCAAGCCGGAUCAAGUAUGGAAAGACUGUAAAGUGUAUGAUGCGCUCGACUAUGGCAGUGCAGAAUCCCCCAACGAGGAAGGUCGACGAGUAAUGCUGAAGUGCUUUACCAGUGAAGAGACUUACAAAAAAGAGAUUUCAAUUCUGCGUAACUUGGGUCUGGACUUCAACUAUGUCGAGCAGAUUUCGUGUUUCAUGGUUGGGGCACGCGAUAGCUACGAUAGCGGCGGCUGUGACCAGUUCUGUAUUGCCGUGGAACAACCAAGCUUGACGCUUGACCGUGUGGUUGCUGGUAUGCUCAGGAAUGAUGCCUGCAGGGAGAACUCUGAAUUACGGCGAAAGUACAUUGCGAAGAUUCUUUCAGUCCUGAGGGUUGUGGCCAAGGGCCUUUAUAAUCUGCAUUCGGCGGGCAUCGUCCAUGGCAACCUGGUGCCAGAAGCUUGCGGAAAGUUUGGGGACAGAUGGAAGCUGGUUGGAGCAUUCGGAUUUCAGAGAGUGGGAAAGGCUUUUGACGCGAAAAGGUUUGGAGAGUCGGUCCCACCUGAAGCUUUGGAACCACACAAUAUUGCAGUGGGUGGACAGGUAGCAUUCCGCACGGGUCUUGCGGUUGACCGGUCCAUUGACAUUUGGGGCUUUGGAAAGCUCUCUUACGACGUCUUGGUGGGACAAGCUCUCAUCGACUUUGACCAAGGUAAAGAGCUGCACAAUGACCACACAAGUCUUUUGAGGAUACAACAUUGGAGUACUCUGGACCUGGUAGAAGUCAGGCAAGACCUUCGACGGGUUGGAGUUCCGGACCCAGUUGUGUUGCUCAUCACAAGGUGCCUCUCCCAGGACCCUGGUAAUCGGCCGAGCACUAUGAACGAAAUCCUUCGUAGCGAUGUUUGGGACAACCUGCAUCGUCCUGCUCCAGCACCUGUGGAUCCAUCACACUUGCACGAGUGUUGAUGAGCUUGUCAAAUACACCUUUUCAACUUUACCAACUAAUAAUAUUUGUAGUAAUUGCUAACUAAUAAUGAUGAAAGGAUGUCGCUGUUC